UGUAUGGUGUAGGUUCAACAAGACUUGUCCUGUCUUAUAAAGAUCAUCAAUUCUACACAACUUAUAUACACUACCAGUUCCGCUUGUCAGGAUCAUUGUCUGUUUGGGUAUAUAACACAAAGGUCAUAUUGUUAACACACAUUGAAUAUUGAACAAUGGAUCCGACUGAAUAUAACGCUCAGAUGAGCACCCAGGGCUACAAAAGAACCAACUUUGAGGAGGAUGACAUUUCAAACAGUAGCAACCCUCCAGCCCUCGACUUCAACGCAGGUGUGGUCUUCAAGGGAGGACUCUCGUUAUGGCAAAAGAAAUCCAUCUUAGAGAGGGUCCUUUUCGUUUUGACCAUUGUGUUGUCGAUCUCCGUCAUCAUUCUGGCCAUUGUAUUAGCUUCAAAACAGGCACACAUCACCUACCUUCAAAAUUCAGCUGUUUGUUUGGAACCAACUUGUGUCCAGGUGUCCAGUUCCCUACUGACUGCAAUGGACAGAAGUAUAGACCCUUGUGAUGACUUCUACCAGUACGCCUGUGGGGGCUGGAUCAAGUCUCACCCAAUCCCGUCAGGACACUCCCGCUUCAACAUGUUCAGCGUCCUCUGGCAGGCUAAUCAAGUCAUCAUGAAACAUGCAAUAGAACAACCAGUGAAUGCCUCUGUGAAUUUGUCCGAGUGGAAGGCGCAGACAUAUUACCGGUCGUGUAUGGAUGAGAACAAGACAAUUGAGGACCUUGGUGCCAAGCCCUUGCUGGACCUACUAAAAGAGGAAGUUCCAAGUUGGUCUAUUUCUGUAAUGGACUCGAACUUUGACCUCCAGGACCUAUUGGAAAAGUGUAAGAAGUAUGGGGUGUCCACCUUGUUUGCUGUCUGGGUUGGAGAGGAUGACCGCAGCUCUACACAGAACGUACGAAAGUUGGACCAGUCCGGGUUAGGUUUACCUGAGCGAGACUACUAUCUCAACAAAAGUAUCGACCACGAUCCAGUCUUGAUCGCAUACCUAGAGUAUAUGACAGAGGUGGGAAUGCUGUUAGGUGGUGAAGAAAACAGCACUCGCUCACAGAUGACAGAUGUCAUCAUGUUUGAGACACAACUUGCCACUAUAACCAUUCCUUCAGAAGACCACAGAGACGAAGAGAAGAUGUAUAACAAGAUCACCAUCGAACAACUUCAACAAAACAUCACAUUUAUAAACUGGCUCGAUAUCAUCAACAGCUGCCUUUCUAUGUCUGGAAUUCACGUCACAUCCUCGGAGAAAAUGGUAUCUUACGCUGGAAACUACUUACAAGACAUGGCAGAACUAGUGAAUGGGACCAUGAGGACAGAGAGAGGCAGGAGGACCAUGUACAACUAUCUGAUGUGGCAUAUUAUUAAGUCUAUGACAUCUUACUUGUCUAAGCCAUUCCGUACUGCACAGAAAGUGUUGUCAGAGGCGUUGUCAGGUACGACUGGGGGUGAGGAGCUAUGGAGAGAGUGUAUAUCGGACACGGAUGAGACGCUGGGCUUUGCAUUAGGUGCCAUGUUUAUCCGUGAAGCUUUCAAUGGUGACAGUAAAGUUAAGGCUGAGGCUAUGAUAGAUGAAGUGAAGACAGCUUUCAAGAAUAAUCUACCAAAUCUGGGCUGGAUGGACACGGAAACUCGUGCUGCAGCAGUAGAUAAGGUAAGGCUGGGUGGACACAGAGACUCAGGCUGCAGCAAGACUCAGGCUGCAGCAGUAGAUAAGUUGGAUAUAAAACAAAAUGAGUACUUUGGAAACAACAUGCGGAGUACUAAGUUUCAGCUAACAAAGAAUUUUGAAGAAUUAAGGAAAACUCCCAAGAAAAACAGAUGGAGUAUGACACCACCAACAGUCAAUGCCUACUACACACCAACCAAGAACGAGAUUGUCCUCCCGGCCGGUGUGCUCCAGGCUCCAUUCUACGAUGCUAGCUAUCCAAUGUCGUUAAACUUUGGUGCUAUUGGUGUGGUGAUGGGCCAUGAACUAACACAUGGAUUUGAUGAUCAAGGACGUGAAUAUGACAAGAAUGGGAACCUUCGACCUUGGUGGAAUAACCAGUCGGUGGUGAGAUUCCAGAAGAGAGCAGAAUGUAUGCAGGACCAAUACUCUCAAUAUAAGCUGAACGGUGAACAGAUCAAAGGGAAGCUGACACUAGGGGAAAAUAUAGCAGACAAUGGUGGCCUCAAGUCUGCAUACCAUGCCUAUACAGAUUGGAUUUCACACCAUAAUGAUGAGCGCCCCCUGCCAGCCAUCAACCUCACACACAGACAACUCUUCUUCCUCGGGUUCUCCCAGGUCUGGUGCUCUACAAGUCUUAAGGAAGCCGACCACCUACAACUAUUGAGUGACUCACACAGUCCAGCAAAAUUCAGAGUAAUUGGCACUCUGUCCAAUUCCAAGGAGUUUGCUGAGGAGUUCAAGUGUCCAUUAGGAUCCAGGAUGAAUCCAAAAGAGAAGUGUGAGGUAUGGUAAAGACCUCGACCUCUCCCAUUGGCUGUGGUCCAGUAUGGUAAGGACCUCUCCCAUUGGCUGUGGUCCAGUAUGGUAAGGACCUCACCCAUUGGCUGUGGUCCAGUAUGGUAAAGACCUCUCCCAUUGGCUGUGGUCCAGUAUGGUAAAGACCUCUCCCUCGACCUCUCCCAUUGGCUGUGGUCCAGUAUUAUGAGGACCUCUCCCAUUGGCUGUGGUCCAGUAUGGUAAGGACCUCUCCCGUUGGCUGUGGUCCAGUAUGGUAAAGACCUCUCCCAUUGGCUGUGGUCCAGUAUGGUAAGGACCUCACCCAUUGGCUGUGGGCCAGUAUGGUAAAGACCUCGACCUCUCCCAUUGGCUGUGGUCCAGUAUGGUAAAGACCUCUCCCAUUGGCUGUGGUCCAGCAUUCCAGUUGUUAUGGAAGGAGUGAUAGUUUUCAUGGUACUAUAAUUAUUUGUUACAAUAUAUAGCCAGACUUCUUUUAUUGGCUGCUACGGAAAAAGCAUACGAUAACUACAGCAAAUGAUAGCAGAUUUGACAGAGUUCUCCAUUAAAGUGUGUGUAAUCCAGGUAUCAUGAUGUUCUACAGUGAUUAACAGACUAUGAUUAUGGCAGUUCUCACAUUGUUAGGGCUGACUGCAUUAUGAACUAUUGACACACAUUUACUUUGUUAUUAUCAAUUUAUAAUAAUGAAAGAAAAUAUCUGAUUUCAAUCAGUAUUUCAAAUCUCAAUAGUAAGCUUAACUUUAUAAUAAAUAAACUUAUUUGUGGCCUAGCUAUAUUGUAUGAUGGUGAAGUUUCCUUUAGGGUUAGGGCGUGCCACACUGGGGCAGGACCAGAACUGCGAUGUGAAAAUAGAAGUAGCCUCUAUCAUGACUAAGAAGUCACCUGGAAACAACAUUUACUGUGUCUUAUUAUCAAUGGCAGUCGUAAGGAUAUCAUAUAAAUGAUGGAAACAAAAUCUGGUAUACAUUAAUCAAAUAUAGAAAAAGAUAUUUUUCAAAUAAAUUUGUUUUUUAUUGAUAAAACAAAUUGUUACCUAUAACCUUGUAUACUAGUGUAUAACAAAUGUAAAUAUAAGUAUAAGUUGUGCCGUGGUUUGAGGUCACCACGGUAACCAUGUAUAAUCAGACAGAAAUCCUAAUCACAAGUAUUCUUCAUUGCCACAAAUUCAUCCCUUUUUUUAGCUCACCUGCCCGAAGGGUUCGGGCAGGUGAGCUUAUGCCAUGGCGCGGGUCCGUCGUCAAUAU